AUGGAACUCUCGAUCCUCAGAAUAACAUGCUUGGUGGUUAUCUGUCUCUUGGAUAAAAGGGUAGACUCCAAUGAAAUCUUGGGCCUGAAGCUCCCCAACAUCGACCCGAUCCUGAAUGCCAACACGGUGUGUCUCACACUGCCAGGUUUGACACGGCGCCAGCUGGAGGUGUGCAUGAGGAACCCUGACGUGACGGCUUCAGCAAUUCAGGGAAUCCAGAUUGCCAUCCACGAGUGCCAGCACCAGUUCAGAGGACACCGUUGGAACUGCUCCAGUCUGGAGACUCGAAACAAAAUACCCUACGACAGCAUCGUCUUUAAAAGAGGUUUCAGAGAGAGUGCUUUUGCGUAUGCCAUCGCAGCAGCAGGCGUCGUGCACGCCGUGGCCAACGCGUGCUCCAUGGGCAAGCUGAAGGCGUGCAGCUGUGACGAGAAACGGCGUGGGGACGAGGAGGCCUUUCGUAUAAAACUGCACCGCUUGCAACUGGAGGCCAUCCACCGGGGGAAGGGCAUGGUGCAUGGCGUCAUGGAGCACUUCCCCGCCGACUUGCCGGGACCCCAAGACUCCUGGGAGUGGGGCGGCUGCAGUCCCGACGUGGAAUUCGGGGAGAAGUUCUCGAGGGACUUCUUGGAUGCCCGAGAAACCUAUAAGGACAUCCACGCUCGCAUGAGGCUGCACAAUAACAGAGUUGGGAGACAGGUGGUGCUCGACCACAUGAGAAGGAAAUGCAAGUGCCACGGGACGUCGGGGAGCUGCCAACUAAAAACCUGCUGGCAGGUCACCCCAGAGUUCCGGGUGGUGGGCUCAAUCCUCAAAGAGCGCUUCCACAUCGCCACGCUCAUCAAGGCUCACAACCGAAACACCGGCCAGCUCGACCACUCCAACCACAACAACAACCACCACAACCACCACAACCAUCACAACCACCACAACCACCACCACCACCACCACCAUCAUCAGAACAACCACCACAAUCACCACCACCAUUCACAUCGGCGGCGGCCGAGCAUCAACGAACUGGUCUACUUUGAAAAGUCGCCAGAUUUCUGCGAGCGGGACCUGGGCUCGGACUCAACGGGAACGCAGGGCCGGAUCUGCAACAAGACCAGCCCCGGCAUGGACAACUGCGAGAGUCUGUGCUGCGGGAGAGGCCACAACAUCCUGCAGCAGACGCGGAGCGAACGCUGCAACUGCAAGUUUCAUUGGUGCUGCUAUGUGGUGUGCGAAGAAUGCAGGAUAACAGAGUGGGUCAGUGUCUGUAAAUGAAGAAACACACUAAAAGACUGUCCACACGAAAGACAACAAAGAAAAAGAGACCUUUUUUAAAAUCAAAGAAUAUUAAUUUUGAAUGGGGAAUAUGACUGUAAUAUAUGUGCCCCAUACCUUUUCGCGGUGGACUGCUGUUUUCCAGAAGAGCGAGGACAGAGUGUGAAGAGGUUGAGCGAGCAGAAAGAUAGAUGUGCAUGUUGAUUAAGAGUGUGCACAUGCAGGAUUUGUCUGAAGCUGCCACAACUCAGAGAGCUUGGAAGUUCACUAUCUCCCUCUUGAGAUAAAGGAACAUAGUUAUAUCAGUGAACUAUCUGAAAGCUCUGAAUCUGAAAUCUGGGCUCAAAAAACAACACAAUAUUGUUGUUUCAUCAGCAUAUGUUGACUGAUAUACAGCUGCAAGAUAUUCAGGUGAGCAAAGAGGAAGUUGAGAGUAAGCAGUAGAUUGCAUGCAGAGAGAAAAUAAUAAUGCUUCAUAGCACCAGCAGUAUAUAAAGUGGAAAGGCUGAGACAACUAUAGACCUUUUCACACAUCAGGAUUCACAAUGCACAGGAUUUGACAGCACAACACACCUGGAGCACUUAAGGAUGUAGUGCCUUGUUCAAGGGCAGUUCAGAAGUUUAAAUGUUUAUAACAACUAUCGUGUUACACCCAAAAAGAAAUACAGUAGUGGAUUGUGUGGCUCAACUGACACUAUUACUAUGUAGUAUACAUAAUGUGUAUCCCUGCUUAAAGUGAUGACACCCUUAAAAAAAUACAUUUACACAAGUCUAAUGACAGACUGGACUAUUUAAAUUAGAAGGUUCCAUUAAAGGGGCUUUCAUAAGAGGACAUUACAGCAAUGACCAAUCACAGUAGCUGAAGCUGAAGUCAAACAAGAUACAGAUCUGAAAGUCAGAUUUUCGGUACGAUUCCUCAUAAAAAGAAACUUAAAACUGAAACCAUUUCCUUUCCUCUAAUAGAAGGUGUUGAAAUAAGAUCCACACAAAUCAGCUUCCAACAGAGUAAGUACGAGCACUGACUAUGCACAAUAAGGUUAGCCUCCUAGCACAGAUAUGUUGUCCUUCAUUAAGUUCUCUCAUGUGUUGUCUGUGUUGUAAGAGGACUGUCAGCGUACAGAGCACAAUAGACCUUCAUUUAACAACCGUUUUCAUCCUCAGCAUGAUCUGAACAGCAUUGUAAAUAGAACUGAAUGAUGCUGCACAAAUAAAAUCAAUAAAGUUAAAGUGCCUCAGGAAACUGAGCACACAUGAACAGGCUUCGGUUCCUCACACUAUAAACAUCCUCAGCUGCCAUCAAUCAAAGUGUUUCCUGUUUUGUGAUGUAAUGUACUGUGUGCGACACUGUAUGCUUCUUGUGAUAUAUCUACACUCACCUUCUACACACUUCUUCCAUGUGUGAUCGUAGGGAUUUUCUGAUGUCAACGUCAAAGUAUAUAAGUAACAAAGUUGAUUCCUGUCCAUGCACAUUUCAAAGAUCAUAUUUGGUCUCAAGAAAAGUGUAUGAUUGAGGCUCCUUAUCAGACAGUGUAAUUUAUUUCAAGCAAAUAUGUUUCUGUGUUGAGAGCAGAGGAGAAAAAAAAUCUGGAAUUGUGUUUCCAGUAUAAUGGAUUAUUUUGAUUCUGAUAAGUAGUUUGCACAUACAGAACUGUGCCCAGGAAAACUCUGGGAGA